GAAGAAACAAAUAGGAAAUGGGGGGGCCCGCAUAAAUAGUUUAAUUCGGCCGCCCGCUUUGUCGUCUCUAUCGUCUCCGUCCGACCCCGUCGUUCCCUUGUGUUUUGACCCUCUCAACUUCUUCCCCCCCUGUCUUCUCUUUUUCUAUAUCGCCUCUGUCCGUUUCUACCUUCACUCCUCCUUCCUAACAUUCUCCCACUUCAUUCUCUCCUCCCCCCCCCCCGGGGAUAUCUGUGAUCUCCUGCUUCUCUGAGCUCCCUCUGUCCUCCUUGUUUCAGAUACAACUGCUUCUUCUUAUUCUAUAUUGUUAAACCCAGAAUUAGUCGGGAGAUGUCCACAACUCUCUGACCUUGGAGAGCCAGAGAGAGGGGAGAGACGCCCAUCAGUUCUCUGCUUCCCCUCCUCAUAUCUCUUGAAGGCUCUUCCCCGGUCUUUUCUCUCUCCCUCUCCAUGUCUUCAAAUUAUUGUUAUGAGGCGGCUUGAAAGGGUGUCUCCUCUGGGGAUCAUUCUCGACUUCUAGGCAUUUUCUUGGUUUUGGUUCAAAUCCUUGCUAUACAAACGACAGCGAAGAAAGAGAUAUAUGGCUGGUAGCAAUGAAGUCAACCUCAAUGAAUCCAAGAGUGUUGUGCCGUUGAAUACUUGGGUUCUUAUUUCCAAUUUCAAGCUGGCCUACAAUCUACUUAGACGCGCCGACGGAACCUUCAAUCGCGAGUUGGCCGAGUUCCUUGACCGGAAGGUGCCCCCCAAUACAAUUCCGGUCGACGGGGUAUUCUCUUUCGACCAUGUUGAUCGAAAUACCGGCCUCUUCAAUCGGGUGUAUCAACCAGCUCCAGAACAUGAGUCCCAGUGGGGCAUUUUAGAGCUUGAAAAGCCCUUGAGCACGACCAAGAUCGUCCCUGUCAUAAUUUUCUUCCAUGGUGGAAGCUUCUCUCAUUCAUCUGCUAAUAGUGCCAUCUACGACACCUUCUGCCGGCGACUUGUGAACAUCUGUAAGGCAGUUGUGGUCUCUGUAAACUACCGCCGAUCGCCAGAACAUCGAUAUCCGUGUCCAUACGACGAUGGCUGGGCUGCACUUAAAUGGGUUAAAUCAAGAACGUGGCUUCAGAGCGGAAAGGAUUCCAAGGUUCAUGUAUACUUGGCCGGCGACAGUUCAGGCGGUAACAUCGUUCACCAUGUGGCGGCGAGGGCUGCUGAGUCAGAUAUUGAAGUGCUGGGUAAUAUUCUGCUUCAUCCAUUGUUUGGAGGACAGAAGCGUACAGAGUCGGAGAAGAGACUAGAUGGGAAGUACUUUGUGAGAUUGCAAGACCGUGAUUGGUAUUGGAGAGCUUUUCUGCCAGAAGGAGAAGACAGAGAUCAUCCAGCAUGCAAUCCAUUUGGCCCAAGGGGGAAAAACCUUGCAGGACUCAAGUUCCCUAAAAGUCUCGUUUGUGUGGCUGGUUUGGAUCUUGUCCAAGAUUGGCAACUGGCAUAUGUGGAAGGUCUCGAGAAUUCAGGCCACGAGGUUAAACUUCUUUACCUAAAGGAGGCCACCAUCGGGUUCUACUUCCUGCCUAAUAAUGAUCACUUCUAUUGCCUUAUGGAGGAGAUAAACCACUUCGUGAAUUCUAACUGUUAAUACACCAGUAGUACUUCCACUGCUGCUGCUACCACUUAACCUUACUUAAAGAAGGCUAUACAUGACAAAAGCUUCACCAUUUCCCUUGGCUUCUCUUUCUAUUUUUGUAUCCACUUUUUGCUCUUCCCCUGCUUUAUAGUGGUGAUGUGUAGUUAUCAAACUGUGUAGCAUUACUUCUCACUGGCAUAACAUCUGUGGUGGUCAACUAGAAAGAGUUCUGGUACUCCUGAGCGUUGAUGUCCUUUGAAGGGUAGUGCCUGUUUCAGCGAGCGGGCUUGAAGCACCAGAACUCUUUCAUUUGUGGGGCUUUGCUGAAUCACCGUAUACGAGGCUUACCCCAAUUUUAACACUUUGACCUCAUCAACAGGAGGGAAGAUAAAGGAUAUGGCUUCAUUUCUGAAUGUGAACUGCAGCAUAUCCCUUUCUGUUAGUGAACUUGUAUGUAAUACCUGUGUUCUAGUUUAUAUAUAAAUAUUGCUUGUUUGCCCUCUUUUUUCAGUUGGCAGAAGCUAAUGUAUUAAUUUUUCUCUGAUGCAUGGCUUCGUAACGUUAAUGGCCAAAAUGAUCCGACUAAGCUUUGAGUCGUGACAGUCAUGGGGAAGGAUCGUUAUCAACAGUUACUAAGAUUCUGAAUCGUUAAUGCUUUUAGUCGCUUUACAUCUAAGUUUGGCAUGAAACACGAGAUGCGCCUAAAAGAAUAGAUGCUAAGAAAAGGGCUAGUUGGACAAGAGGAAAAAGAUUAUGAAAUGUGUUUGCUUGGUCAUGAGUCACAAAGGAAUGAGCUAGAGACUUGGCGACGAGGACCAACCUGAUUGCAAAAGGCAAACCCCAUCCACUGAAAACUUGAACAGGAAGAAUGAUUGGCACGAGUUUGAUUCGUGAUCAUGAACUAUGCUAUCUUUCAACGUCAAAUUGAUUAAUUCCUGUCAUCUCCUCAUUGCUUGUUCUAGAUAGGUCUGUUUUGGAGCUUGGGGAAACAAGCAAGAACGGGAGUUUGGAUUUGUUUUUGAUGUGGGGGGAACUAUUUUACUGGUAGUUGGGAACUUUGGAUGUAUUCUUAGGCCUUAGGGACCACUUUUAAGGGUGCCCA